CUUACGUAUUCUACUUCUUAUUUGGAACAAUAAUUUCCAGUAUCUUAGAUGAAAGGAGUAAAAAUGGCACCACAAAGUGGUUCUUACUCUCCCUCCACCGUUGCUCGAGGAGUCGAGCUUAGAGAGGUGAAGAAGCAAAUCUUCGAGUUGCAACUCAAAUUAGCUGGUGCCAAGGAUGAGGAAAGCGCCGCACCUUUGCUUUCCUUCGCCCGAAAGUUCCUGAAAGCUGAGCACAUUGACGGCAUUGUGGAGGAGCGUUCUAUGCUGGAUAUUUGCGGUCUUCCAGGGUGUUCAAAACCUACGAUAUUCAAGCAGGCGGCGGGGCGAAGUAGAGGUUGCAGAGGUGCUGGAGGUGGUAGAGGAGGGUAUACUUGUUCUAGCAGUGGAGGUACUAGCGCAACAGCGAAGUACUGGGUCCAGAACAAGGCGCGGAGUGCAGGGACGCAGGAAGUACUCUCACUGGACGAGCUUGGCAAGUUCUGUUCGCAGGAAUGCCAGCGUCAAGUGUUUUUGUACAAGCAGAAGCUCUCCGAUGAACCAGAGUGGAGUUGCGUUGACAAAAACCCGGCUGACGUCUCGCAAGAUGUCAAAAACAAGGUCGCCGCAGACUGCAGGAGAGAUCGCCUCCAGCGAGAGCGACAGGCGUCAAAAGAGAAGGUUUCAUCGUCUUCAUCAGCUUCCUUUACGCCACAGCGAUCGACUGUUCAAACAUCCCCCUCUACACUAAGUAGUUCGACGACGACGACAACGACAACUUCUGCUUCGCCAAAAAACGAGAUGAUGUCAGCAUCUCCAUCUUCUCCCUCUGCAUCAUCGACCACAGGAGGCACGAUGACGAGUCUAGGAGCAUGGCAGGAGCAAGGGUGGGAAAGUGAGCUCCUGUGUCCGGUGGAUUUACUACAGAGUCUCCCGGCUUCGGCUUCUAGUGGAAAUGAAGAAGCAGCAAAUGUUGAUAGUGAAAAUAGCUGUACAACUUCUGGUCCACCUGAAAAAUUGUUGCCUACGGACGUAACUAGGUCAAUUACAACCACCAGACACCAGCAAAAGAUGCAGACGCAUCCAGUCGUCGAUCUACCUGAAGCGGCAGUAUCCAGCAAUCUUGCGAGACUCCAAGUCGUUGAGAGAGCUUAUUUGGAUGGAGAAAGCAGUGCAGCAAUUAAAAAUGGAGCGGGAACACCGGAAUUGAAUACUAUCAAAGGGGGUCUCCUAGAGCAGACGCGCAGAGAAGACGCAAAACACGGUAUGCCGAUCAUUGACGAGGAGGAGGAGGGCGAGAAAGAGAAAAGUGACGACGACGAUGGGGAAGAGAAGAUCUUGAUUGAAGAUGUCACGGCUGAACAGAAGACCACUAGAAGAAAGUCUCUUUCUUUCGCACAAGAAAUGCAGCAGACAAGAACUGCUGCAGAUGAGAAUACGAAUCUGCCAAAGAACUACGUGAGUUGCAUUGACCAAGAAACAGAAGACUGCAAAGUGACCUCGUGCACUGUGCUGGGGUGCGGGCAGUCGGGUUCGUCGAAAGCAGAGGCAGCGGCUUUUAUCGCACGCACUGGAUUGAUUCGACGAACACCGGAAGUGAGUACAACUGCCGCAUCUUCUAGUGACGGGGAGUCUGAUGACGGAGAGGGUGGAAUCAGUGCCCUUGAUCUGCUUGCCACUAACAGCGAUGAGGAAGAUGAUGAUGGACACGGAAAUGGAACUUCAACAUCUCUAUCUUCUGGCCUACCCUCCUUACCACCUCCCCCUUCGCAGCCGUUUCACCUCCUAAGUUUUCCCAUGCGACUGCACUGUCUCUUGAAUCGGUGGAUUGGACCUGAAACGACUGCGCUAUUGCAAGCACAGCGGAGGAAGAAUACGAGAACAUUGGAGCAGGUAGAAGACGUCGAAGAGCAGGGAGAGGACGUCGAAGGAGGUGGCACUGAACCUUUUAACGUCGAUAUGAAGACGACAACUGGAGUAGAGGAUCCCUCCUCUUCGACGACCACGCCUUCGUCUUCUAGUAGUCCACCAGCGGCAGCAAAAGUCCGCGCCGGUGGACUUGCAUCGACGCAAGAAGAAACAAAGCGCAUGAUUUUGCGGUCCCAGAAGGACAUCGCGGCUGGAGGCGCAGCUGUCGGCGUCUGGGAGAGGCAGCAGGAAAUUCGAAUGGCCAUGCGUGGGCCGGGUGAGGAAAACGCAGAUGAUGCAGAAACAAAGGAGAGUGAUCCUUCUGCGGAGGAUAAAACUUGUAAAAAGACAUCAACAAGUACAAGAACAGAUCAGCAAAUGCCUGUCCUAGAUCACGAGAGGGAACGAGUCGAACGCCGCGCCCUCGUAGAAGACUGGUCUCAGCUUGUGCACCCGAGACAAAACAGAGUCUUGUCCUUUCUUCACCAACUCGCAGCGACCCUCAACCUCACGUCCACUGCUGGGUCGCAGUCUUCUAGCUUCUCAAAUAUCUUCUCGGAUUUAGACACCCGAUCGGAAGCCCGAACGUAUGCGUGUCUACUAUUCUUAGAAGCGGCAGGAUACUCGUUGGACGAAGUCCUAGCGCCCACAUCAAAGAAGAAUCACUACACUUUCAGCGAUGCCAUUCUGGAAAAACACAACGUGGCAGCCGAACUGAGGGCUUCUUUACGAAAAUUUGUGGAAUUGUCAUAAAUUCUAUUUUUAGGUCCUCUAUUCCCGAGAAUGAGAACCUGCUUACCCCAUAUUCACCAACUGAUUGUUUACAACGAGAUGUGAAUAUUUAGAAACGCCCGCUU